AGUUGAUUCUCAAAGAUACCUCUCUAUAUAUACAUACGGCUUCUAUUGGUCUCCUCUCAACUUAUUCUUAUCUAAAGAUUUUGUUUGUCAGCUCAAGUUUUAAAGUAAGUGAAGUGGAUUGGAGAUGGCACAAAUUUUGCUACAUGGCACACUUCAUGUUACUAUAUUUGAGGUUGAUAAGCUCCCUACUAAUUUUGGAAGAAGCAUUUUCAAUAAGGUGGUGGAAGGCAUUGAGGGAGCUAUUGGCUUGAACACGAAAUCGUCAACACUGUAUGCAACGAUUGAUCUUGAAAAAGCCAGAGUUGGCAGAACCAGAUUGCUGGAUGAACACAAAAAUCCACGGUGGUACGAGUCAUUCCACAUUUACUGCGCUCAUAUGGCUUCCGACGUCAUAUUCACUGUCAAAGUUGAUAAUCCAAUUGGAGCUGAACUCAUUGGAAGAGCUUACUUGCCAGUUCAACAAUUGAUAGAUGGAGAAGUCGUCGAUGAAUGGCUUGAAAUCCUGAAUACAGAAAGAAAACCCGUGCAUGGACACUCUAAAAUCCAUGUGAAGUUGCAGUAUUUUGAUGUCACGAGGGAGUAUAAUUGGAAUAGAGGGAUAAUGGUUACAAGAUUUCCUGGAGUUCCUUACACAUUCUUUAGUCAAAGACAAGGAUGCAGGGUCACCCUUUACCAAGAUUCUCAUGUUCCUGAUAACUUUGUCCCGAAAAUUCCUCUUGCUGGUGGCAAGUUUUAUGAGCCACAACGAUGUUGGGAAGACAUUUUCGAUGCCAUCACUAAUGCAAAGCAUUUGAUUUACAUAACUGGAUGGUCUGUUUAUACGGAGAUCACUUUGGUAAGGGACACGAGAAGGCCUAAGCCUGGUGGAGACAUAACGCUCGGAGAGUUGCUUAAGAAGAAAGCUAAUGAAGGUGUGAGAGUUCUAAUGCUAGUCUGGGAUGACAGAACAUCGGUUCCUGUGUUGAAAGAAGAUGGGCUAAUGGCUACUCAUGAUCAAGAUACUGCUAAUUAUUUUCAAGGCACUGAAGUAAAUUGUGUGUUGUGUCCUCGAAAUCCGGAUGAUGGAAGAAGCAUUAUUCAAAACAUAGAGAUUGGGACAAUGUUUACUCAUCAUCAAAAGAUUGUAAUUGUUGAUGGAGAGUUGCCUAAUGGAUACAUGGAGAGGAGGAGAAUUGUGAGUUAUAUUGGUGGUAUUGAUCUUUGUGACGGUAGAUAUGAUACACAAUUUCACCCCCUUUUCAGGACUUUGGACACAGCACAUCAUGAUGAUUUUCACCAACCAAAUUUCACUGGUGCUUCAAUUGAAAAAGGGGGACCAAGAGAGCCUUGGCAUGAUAUUCAUUGCCGAAUAGAAGGGCCAGCUGCUUGGGAUGUGCUCUUCAAUUUUGAACAGAGGUGGAGGAAGCAAGGUGGAAAGGACUUGCUUAUAAACCUAAGGGAUAUCGAUAAUAUAAUCAUACCACCUUCACCUGCUAUGUAUCCUGAUGAUCAUGACACGUGGAAUGUUCAAGUUUUUCGAUCAAUUGAUGGGGGAGCAGCUUUUGGCUUCCCCGAUGCUCCUGAGGAGGCAGCCAGGGCUGGUCUUAUAAGUGGAAAGGACAACAUCAUUGAUAGAAGCAUACAAGAUGGAUAUAUUAAUGCCAUUCGUCGAGCAAAGCAUUUCAUUUACAUUGAAAAUCAAUACUUCUUAGGAAGCUCCUUUUCAUGGUACUCCGAUGAUAUCAAGGAUGAAGACAUUAAUGCUCUACAGUUGAUCCCAAAGGAGCUGUCUUUAAAGAUAGUGAGCAAAAUUGAAGCAGGGGAAAGGUUUACGGUUUAUGUUGUGGUUCCAAUGUGGCCAGAAGGCCUUCCUGAGAGUGCAUCUGUACAAGCAAUACUGGAUUGGCAAAGGAGGACUAUGAAAAUGAUGUAUAGCGAUAUAAUUCAAGCUCUAAAAGCAAAGGGAAUUGUGGCAAAUCCUAAGGACUACUUGAGUUUCUUUUGCCUUGGCAAUAGGGAAACAAAGAAGACAAGAGAAUAUGAGCCCUCGGAAUCACCAGAACCCGAUUCAGACUAUCAAAAAGCUCAAGAAGCCAGACGUUUCAUGAUUUACGUACAUGCCAAAAUGAUGAUAGUGGAUGAUGAAUACAUUAUCAUUGGAUCAGCUAACAUCAAUCAAAGGUCAAUGGAUGGUGCAAGAGACUCAGAAAUUGCAAUGGGAGCCUACCAACCAUUUCAUCUAUGUGUGAAGGAGCCAGCUAGGGGUCAGGUUCAUGGGUUCCGAAUGGCAUUGUGGUACGAGCACUUAGGCAUGUUAGACAACAGUUUCCUUCAACCAGAGAGCGUAGAAUGCAUCCGAAAGGUGAACAAAAUUGGUGACAAAUAUUGGGAUAUGUAUUCAAGUGAGAGCCUCAUUCAUGAUUUGCCUGGCCACCUUCUAACUUAUCCUAUUGGUGUUACUGAAAAUGGAGAGGUCACUGAAAUACCUGGAGUAGAAUUCUUUCCUGACACCAAAGCACCUGUUCUUGGUACCAAGUCUAAUUUUCUUCCUCCCAUUCUCACAACCUAAACCUCCAACUUUUAAUUUGUUCCAUUCAUUUUCUAGACAUAUGUUAUGAUUGUGGAGUAUAUGUUAAUAAGGUUUCUUAUUUAAGGAAAGAAAAGUUUACUAUCACUGCAGGACGCGGUGGAAUGGUAAAGGUUUCUCUACCCUUAAUCAGAGGUUUCAGGUUCGAUAUUAGGGAAUGGAACCCCUAUCCCUUGGUAGGGUGCACUACAAAACCCCAUAGUGGCAGCAUUUCUACGGAAGUUUGUGUAGUUAUGUUACUGGUUGCCAAUUACUUGCCACUACUACUUGUGCUUUCUACAAGUGAUGUCUCUGUCAAACAAUUUGAAUUGUUAGCUUAUUGAGAAUGACUUCAGUA